GCAGGCAGGCAGGCGGACAGACAGGAAAAGGGAGAGAGACAAUCAGGCCGGGAGUCAGUGGGAGGAGGAAGAGUGAGGGGGAGACCUGAUCCUCCCCACACUUUGGCAAUAUUGGCACUUUACACUCGGACAUAGAGGACUCUAGAGAAAACUUGCAGAGCCCCAGGCAGAGAUAUCAGUUGUGCAGGCUGACAUGAGACCUCCAUAAAAGGGCCAUACAUCUCAUGGCAUGGUAUGACCACCGUGAUCCUCUCUGGGAUAAUCGUGGUGGACAAAGAGAGGCUAAGGAAAAAGUUUGGGACAGGUCAUGGCUAUGCACCCCCGUCGUGUUCGGCUUAAACCAUGGCUGGUGGCCCAGGUCGAUAGCGGAAUGUACCCUGGUCUCAUCUGGUUAAACAGAGAAGCCAAAAGGUUCCAGAUCCCCUGGAAACAUGCCACAAGGCAUAGCCCCCGUCAGGAAGAAGAAAACACAAUAUUUAAGGCUUGGGCUGUUGAGACAGGCAAAUACCAAGAAGGAGCUGAUGAACCAGACCCAGCCAAGUGGAAGGCCCAACUGCGCUGUGCACUGAACAAGAGCAGAGAGUUUAAACUUAUGUAUGAUGGCACCAAAGAGGUUCCUAUGAACCCAGUCAAAAUCUACGAGGUGUGCGACAUCCCCCAGUCUCAAGGAUCUAUCAUCAACCCAGGUUCCACAGGAUCUGUACCAUGGGAUGAUGAUGAUUUUGAAGCGGAUGAACUAAAUCAGUCCCAGAACCAUGUACCAAUCAGUGAGCCCUUUAACUGUCUAAAUAUUAAUGCAGACUCGCCCAUCGGAUCAUCUAGUACAGGCAGCUGCACCCCUGAGCAAACAUGGCCAAAGACUGAGCCUCAGGAGAUGGAAGUGCCCCCAACAUCAGGCCCUGCUGACUUUUUCAGUUCUCCCGAGAUGUGGAUCAGUUCCCUACCAAUGACUGACUUAGAAAUCCAGUUUUACUACAGAGGGAAAGAGAUGGGUCAGACAAUGACAGUCAGUAAUCCUCAAGGCUGCCGGCUUUUCUAUGGCGACCUGGGACCAAUGCCCAAUCAGGAAGAGCUGUUUGGACCCGUCACCCUUGAACAAGUUCGCUUCCCUGGGACAGAACAAAUUGUAAAUGAAAAACAGAAGCUCUUUACUAGUCGUCUUCUUGAUGUCAUGGACAGGGGUCUAAUAUUAGAAGUCAGUGGGCAUGCCAUAUAUGCAAUCAGACUGUGCCAGUGUAAAGUCUACUGGAGUGGGCCCUGCUCACCAUCUCCGACUACCCCAAACCUUAUUGAAAGGCAGAAGAGAGUUAAACUUUUCUGUCUGGAGACUUUCCUAAGUGAUCUUAUUUCACACCAAAAGGGGAUCAUUACAAAACAACCGCCCUAUGAAAUCUACUUGGGCUUCGGAGAGGAGUGGCCAGAUGGCAAAUCUAAAGAAAGAAAGCUCAUAAUUGUUCAGAUAAUACCAAUUGUAGCACGCAUGAUAAUCGAGAUGUUUACUGGAGAUAGCACCCGUUCCUUUGACAGUGGAAGCAUCCGUCUACAGAUUUCCAUCCCUGAUAUCAAAGACAACAUUGUUUCUCACCUAAAACAUCUGUAUCGCCUUCUUCAGAACCAUCAAGGCCCAGAUGCUUGGCCUCUCAUGCAGCCCCAAAACAUGCACCUGGCACAGAUGCUCCAAGCCCAGUGAGGACUGGUUUCUUUGUAGAAAAACAUUUGUCUUUCAGUUGUUAUAUGUUUUAAAAGCAGACAGACUUCUAUUCCAUGCUUGGCACACCACUUAACUGUCACUUAAGAAAGUCUUGGGAAGCGAUUUGAUACCUGUAAAAUAUACAUUUAUUUAUUGGUUAAUGUCCCUUUGUUGGAAAAUGGAAUAGAAAGUUUGACCAUCUAGGAUGCAUGAAAAAGUAAACAUGGUUUUACUGUGAAUUUGCUGUGAAGUCCAAAGUAGUCGAUACUUGAGCUGUUUGAAGUCAGUAUGUUGGACAACGAUCUUUGGCAACUGUAUUCUACCUCUUUCAUAUCUUAAAAUGUAAAAGGGUUAUUUAAAAACAUUUUUACAAGUUGUACAUGUAGUCUGUUGACCAUAUGAAGUUACAAUAUUAAAAGAAAAGUGCUAAUUGUUAAGUA